AUCGUUUUCAUUUCACACACGACACAUUAUGUACGUUAAAAACAAAACAAAACAAAACAGCAUGUUGCAUUGUAGCGAUGUUCCUGUAUGGGGUUCGUAGUUACCCAGUACAUACAUAUAUCCCCAGUAUGACCUCUGUGUCAUGACGUGUGUUGCCAGGUCGCGGCUGGAAAAAUAAGUAAAUUUAUUCUCUGUGAUUUUCCUCAAGGCAGUGAGGCGAGAUACUAUAUAUCUUCAUUUUGCUCAUUAUUUGGACCUUUGAAAAUCGAAAUAGGAUGGAGGCACGAGAUAAAUCACAUAAAAAAGCUUACACAGUCAGGGCUGCACUCUCAACUGUAGGAGAGGCCCUGUCUGCCGCGCGUACUCGUACCAAGAAGGACAAGGACGCCAGUAAGAAAAGAAGUAUAAAUUACAAGAGCAAAGAACAUUUGGAAAAUAAGAACAGAAAACUAGACAUAUAUACUGAUUCUGUUAAUUUGAAUGAAAAGGUAAAGACAAAAAAGACUGCUUCACCAGCAAGAUUGAAGAUGAUUCUGCUAUUAAAUGCAAUUUUGAUCACUGGAGUUGGUGCGUCACUUGCUUUCAAUUCAAUCAUGGUGCCAAAAACUAGAGUAAGCUUGGAAAUCGGAUCGUAUAACACUGCCUUGAUAUCUAAAGUCAUCGGACAAGAUGCUGCGAUAGCAGAGAUUUUAAAGACACUUCCAGUGUUGUACCAAAAUGCAAAGGAUGGGGAGCUUCGUGUAAUGCUCUUGAGUGGAGGGUCCGGUGUUGGUAAAGAUUUAGUUGCUCAAGCUAUGACUGCAGAAUUUUACGCCCAGUCCCGCGGGGACUGCAAGGAAAGCUCCUAUUUACUGCUAAAUUACAAUGGACCGAUCUGCAAACGAACAGACUUCAAUAUGAUUCGUUUAGACACAAUCGCUAAUGAUGUCGACAUUUUGGAAGCUGUAGAACUCAUAAGAAGAAUUUCAAGUCAGGGUAUCCGAGGCAUUUUAUUAGUUCCUGUCCUGGCAGCGAAGGCUCUGGACGCAGGUGCGAACGGGCUGCAAAAUGUAAAAACCAUCGAGUCCUACAAGGCCAUUGUAAAAAGGAGAAGUUCAGAAAUUCAGGAGCUUCUAGAACUUCACGGUGUUAAAAGUGAAAUGAUCGUUUUUGAACCUGUAUCUCGAGACAUUUUAAUUAAGUGUUUACAUUUUCCUGGGGAAAAUGUUGUCAAUUAUGUGAUGAACGACCGCGAGUUUUCAUUGAGUGGUUGUAAAUAUCUUGAGGAAUUUUCAAUGAUAGAAUGAAAAUAAAAAUAUAUUUUACUUAAUACGA